UUCAUUUUGAUACGCGUGAAUCGUAACGGGACAACAUGGCGACACAAACGGCUCGCUUUUACAGUGAAGGCGGCAGAGCUACAAAACGCCAAAAAACGGAAAACGAAGGGGGAAUGGCAACCGAAGGCUAUACUGACCCACAUAAGACUCUCCCCUCUCUUGUGGUCCAUGUCCGAGGUUUAGUAGAUGGAGUUUUGGAGUCAGACAUUGUUGAAGCCCUCCAAGAGUUUGGAACCAUCAGUUAUGUUGUACUCAUGCCCAAGAAGCGCCAGGCCCUGGUUGAAUAUGAGGAUAUGAAUGGGUCUUGCAACGCUGUUACUUAUGCCAACGACAACCAGAUCUACAUUGCCGGACAUCCUGCAUUUGUAAACUACUCUACCAGUCAGAAGAUUUCCAGGCCGGGGGACCCUGAUGAUGCCCGCAGUGUUAAUAAUGUUUUGCUUUUGACUAUCAUGAACCCCAUUUAUCCUAUUACCUCGGAUGUUCUCUAUACGAUUUGCAACAACUGUGGUCCUGUUCAAAGAAUCGUCAUCUUUAGGAAGAACGGAGUCCAGGCCAUGGUGGAAUUUGAUUCUGUUCAGAGCGCCCAAAGGGCCAAAGCCUCUCUCAAUGGGGCUGAUAUAUACUCCGGUUGUUGCACACUAAAGAUAGAGUAUGCCAAGCCAACACGCCUUAAUGUGUUCAAGAAUGACCAGGACACAUGGGACUACACCAAUCCGAGCCUGGGCACUCAAGAUAUGAACGCCAACCCCAACAAGCGCCAGAGGCAGCCGGCUCUGCUGGGAGACCACCCUCCAGAGUAUGGUGGUUAUCCCGGAUACCCAGAUGAGAGCUAUGGCUAUGAAAGCCGACGAAUGGGACCUCCCAUGAGUGCUCCAAGACGAGGUGGAGCCAGCCAGCGCUACAGCGGACAGUAUGGUGGUCCUCCACCUCCACCUCCGGGGGAAUAUGGUGCACAUGCAGACUCACCUGUGAUCAUGGUCUAUGGUCUGGAUCCCAUAAAAAUAAACGCUGACAGGGUCUUCAACAUCUUCUGCCUUUAUGGCAAUGUGGAACGGGUGAAAUUCAUGAAGAGCAAGCCUGGAGCUGCCAUGGUGGAGAUGGGAGACUGUUAUGCAGUGGAUCGUGCCAUCUCACAUCUCAACAACAAUUUUCUGUUCAAUCAGAAACUCAACUUAUGUGUAUCUAAGCAGCAGGCCAUAAUGCCUGGUCAGUCAUAUGAGCUUGACGACGGCACCAACAGCUUCAAAGAUUAUCACGGCAGCAGAAAUAACCGCUUCACUUCUCCAGAGCAGGCUGCUAAGAACCGCAUUCAGCACCCCAGCAAUGUCCUCCAUUUUUUCAACGCAGUCCCUGAAGCUACACCAGAAAUGUUCACCAGGCUCUGUGAAGAACUUGAUGUUAAGAACCCCUCCAAUAUCAAAAUCUUUGUAGCCAAAGGCAACUCACCAGACAGGAGCUCAUCAGGGCUUCUGGAGUGGGAGUCUGUUAAUGACGCCAUGGAAGCCCUUGCUAUGAUGAACCAUAACCAGAUGAAGAACCCCAAUGGUCCAUACCCAUUUACACUCAAGCUGUGUUUCUCCACUGCACAGCACGCAAACUAAACAACAUCCUGUCCUCCACCGUCGCCAUGUCAUCACUUCACCUCCUGCUACUUUAUUAUCUUCAUUUGUACGAGUGUGUAUGCAGACGUGUUGCAUUUAUCUUAUGUUGAUUGAGUCGAGGCACAAACUGGGAGAGAAACUGACUGAACUCAUUGUUUUUAAUAGAAGACGAGAGUUUAAAAACGCUUUUGUACCAGUAUUUCGGUUUUGUUAUCUUUUUUUAUUGCUUACCAUGAUUGACUGUUAGCUCUGUGCUCAGCACCUCUUUUUAGAAACAUCCUCCUGUAAAGAUUGCGUUCUUUUGUUUGGAUUGUAAAAUAAAAUUAGUGAUAAUGGG